AUUUCAAAUCUCGGAGAACCUAUUUACAUUUACCACCGCCAACGAUCUCAAUACUUUGCACAGUAGAGGGUCGAAUUCCCACAAUUCAACACAGAUCUUCAUUCUAGGGUCUCUGUUUUCUCUUCUAUUAUUCAAUUUGCAGCUUGAUCGUAGAAAAUUCUGGUAAAUGGCGUCCAAUUCCCUCCGAGGCGGUGACUUCUACGGUGCUGCUCCGUACAGAUCGAGAGAAGGGCUUAGUACGAGACCAGCGGCUGGUUCUGAUGAAAUUCAACUGCGGAUUGAUCCGAUGCAUGGGGACUUGGAUGACGAGAUCACUGGUCUCCGGAAGCAAGUUAGGCAGCUCAGGAAUGUAGCUCAAGAGAUAGAGUCAGAAGCAAAGUUUCAGAAUGAUUUUAUCAAUCAACUGCAAAUGACCCUCAUCAAAGCUCAAGCAGGGGUGAAGAACAACAUGAGGAGGUUAAACAAGAGUAUCAUCCAGCAGGGAUCAAGCCAUGUUAUGCAUGUGGUUCUUUUUGCACUACUAUGUUUCUUCGUGGUCUACAUGUGGUCUAAAUUUUCACGAAGAUGAGGAAAAGCAAUCCUGUGGAGUCCAGCCAUGCCAAGAAUAUGUCCAAUGAAGGCAAAAUGGAUCUUAAGGCAAAAUUAUAUGUAACUUUUUUCCGUAAAGCCUCUCCCAUGGACUGAAACUGUUGUAUUAAUCUCUUUGGAAAAUAUGUUCAUUGUUUUCUCCAUUUUUCUUGUAGAACUUAAACACGUGCAGAAAAAGAAUUCCAAUCUAUGAAACAAUGUUUAUAUCGGGAUUAAGGAGUGCUAUUACAGAAAGA